CUCAAGAUGGAGACACAGUUCAGGUGAAAAUUAUUGGACCACCGAAAAAUAGUGACGGAGCUGAAUCGCGUAUUAGACAUUGCAUAGUAAGUUGGGUUUUUUUUCUGCCGAUGGAUAAGGACUAAUAUUUGUAAGAAUUUCAUGACUUUAAAUUUUCUCUUCAAGACUUUUCAUAAAGAGAAAAUGAUGAGGUAUGAAUUUGGAGGCGAUAAGCAUUUUGUUUGCUUCGCCUAUAAGGAUGAAAAUGAACAAUUUCGUUUAAAGCUGGGUAGAAGUGCCCCUAAAUUGGAUGGCUUCAUUCAAAGAGAAAGAUAUAGAAUUGAAACUGACGAUGUCUAUCAGGUACAGUAAAUGUUACUCUUGCACUUAGCUACAUCAUAGUGACAUUUACAAACUAAAACAAAAUCAUAUAUUAUUGUGGAUAGAUUAGUAUUUGAUUCUUCAAGCAGAGAUGUAUAAUUUUUGUCUGAGUAGUAUAGAAUAUAGGAAUCAAUAUUAUCGUGAUAUGCCGCAUAUCGCGGUCCUAGCUCGUGUGCACACGUAGAAAUCUGGGCCAUUUGUUUGCAUGGAUUUCUUCUUUUUUUUAAUCUUUUUUUAAAAUUGUGGUUCCAAUAAAGUUGUUAAGUAAGUAAAUAAAUAAAUAAAUAAAUAAAUUUACAAGUAUUUGAUGGCGUGUGUGCACGUGCUGACGGUUUUCCGCUCUUUUAUUGGCGUACUUUGUUUGCGUAUGUAUUUAGUGAUUACUCCGGUACGGUAAAGUGUAAAAUUUCCCGGUUCUUGCAUGUAUAGGUGAAGUAUAUUCUUCUCUCCAAUAUUUAUGACACAAACAGACUGCACGUAUUGUAAAGAUGUGGAAAAAGCCACUUUUAUAGUUUAUGUAUUGUUUCAUGCUUUUAUGCCCAACACACAAAACUGAAUUGCCUUACUUUACAGGACUUGCAUGUGGAUUUUAAAUAUAAUGCAAGUUAAUAGGGCUUGUUCCUACUGUGAUUUGUCGUCAGAUGGUAAUCUAGCAUGCUCCGUCUUCAGCAUUAAUAUGAUUUGUUUUUUUACAAGUUGGACAACGGAACAUAGUAUAAAAACAAUUAAUCCCAUGUCCUUUUCUUAGAGCGAAAUCAGUGACAAAACAAUCUCAGAAAUUAAAAACCAUCUAUCGACGUCACUACAAAAAUUGAACGAGUUACAGGAUGAGAAACAAUUGAUGGCUGACUUGUGGUGUCAUUUUGGGAAAGUGUUUGUUACUUGUGUUGAUGAAGGUAAUAACCAUACAUACAGUAGGUUUUAAAAUGCACUGUAAAUGACAUGAUGUCUUGGUAUCGGUAUUAUUAGUAUAUGUCAAUUUUCUUGUAAAAAUUGUCUUUGCAAUUAUAACUAUUUUAUGCUGUAUUAGUAUAAAUUUUGCAUACCAAUUGAGCUUUUGUGUGUUCUGAUUGGCUAGUUGACUAGUAAAUCUGACGCAAUAUUUACUAGCAGACUAGACAUGCCUUUAAAAAAGAAUGAUUCGGCAAAUUUGGUUUCAAAAUCGACAAAAUAUUGAAAAAAAUGCAUGGUUCCCACAAACGAAAGAAGCAUAAGUAGCAAAUUUGUAAGGUAGGAUUUCUUUAUUAUUUUACUGUGUGAAACAUAUUCACGGACAAUUUAAAACCUAUUUAAAACUCGGGAAAAACCUGUGGUAAUAUUCUUUUAUUUUCGAUAUCCUAUAGAUCUCAAUUUGGACAAUACUUUUUCUUUUUGACAUGUCAUGUUUUUGUUGUACUGUAUGGUGUUUUGACGCUGUAUUGUGUCUUCUAAACUUGUGAACUGAAAAGUGUAUUUUGAAAAACUUUAAUUUAUUUGGAGGAGUAUAGUUUUACAUUUCAUUUUACCAAUUUUCUCAGCCAUUUCCUGAAUAAAUUAGAGUUCAACAGAAACUUUUUUUAAUUCUAAGCCUGGUGAAAAAGUACUAGUCAUUCUAUCAUUGUGUUUAUAUUCUAAACAGAAAUCGAGAAAAACAACUUGGUAUAAGUUCGAUCAACCAUCGGGGGUGUUAAAACAUGUUUUCAACUUUCAUUUUCAGGCGUACUUGAGUACCUGGGGUGAAUUCAAUAUCAAUAUCUUCUUCUGUCCAUUUGCAUCGAAAAAUAUUGAGAAAUUGCAAACGAAUAUCAAUGGAUACGAGCUAUCUAAUUAUAAAUAUCCUCUUAAUUGCAACAUUUCUUUAUAAAAAUGACUCUAUUGAACUUCGAUACUCAGAUUAUGAAGAUUCAUUUCAAUUUCUUUCACAUUUCCGUCGAUUUCAAGUUUAAAAAAAGGUCAAACAACUAGUUUGGUUCAAAAACCAUACUUCGUCGCAUUAUCUGGCAGAGCCUCCCAAACUUCAUUUCAAUCUUCCCAUCACACCGCGCGCGCUCACUUUUAUUCAGGAAACUUCAUGUAAGUUAUUUGUAAAUACUUAAGGAGGCUCUGCGGAGGAGAGAGUUUCACACACUUAAAUUGCAGGGGAUAUUAAAUAUAUUUUCUCUAAAGAACAAAUGUGAAAAAUAAAUUGUUUUAGCAUAUCAUAACAAUAUAAAAAUGACCAUGAAAAAGAAUAUUUUUUUACAGUAAAACAAUGUUUAUUUUGGCUCCAGUAAUAGUUGUAAACAAAACAAUAUUUACACACGUUUAGUAAUUUUAUUCAUUAGAAAUAGCUUUAACGAAUACCUCUAGCUGUUUAACAUACAUUGUUAGACAAAACUUCGUGGCUUUCUUCGUGUUUGGGGAAACGCGUGUUCGUUUAGUUAUUUUAGUACAAAAAUGUGCUCGCAUGCGCAUGUAACCGGAACGAAACGGGGAGCCAUUUUGUUCUUGUCCUGGUGAAUUGUGCAAGGAUACGCGGAGUUGAAAAGCGUUUGCGUGAAAAGUACUAUUCACCUCCCGGGCUAGCUUUCAAUCAGGCUCCUAAAAGAGGGCGUCCAAUUUUGGUACAGCGAUCCCGUAUUUUCCUCAUUACCUCUCAUUGGAGAGCUGUACCUCAUCGAAAAUCAUCGGCACAAUUAUGGACAGUAUCUGACGACACCGUCCCGUACACAUUCGAACAAUUCCUUUGCCAGUUUUUAUUCCGCAAUCUUGAACAUUUCAAUUGUUGGGUAAAAUUCGGUUUAUGCCGCUGCGUAAAAAGAAUGAACACGGAGAUGUGUUUCUGCGCGUACGUAUAUAUGAAAAGUAUUCAUCCCAAAAUCAUAACGCAAUCAAACAGCAUUCAAAACAGACCAACGCAUCACGCGCGAUACCUCGGUCACAGCUCGGUGAUCAUAAUAUUAUAAACUAAUAACAUGACUAGUUGGGAAAUUAGCGAUUAAAUUGCCCUUCGCCUCGGGAAGACUUGUGAAAGUCACAAAUCUUCCCUCGGCGUCGGGCAAUUUAAUCGCUAAUCUCCCUCUAGUCAUGUUAUUACUUAUAAAUAAUUUCCCUUUCCCCAGAAUUUGGGCGUCCAAAGGCGUCUGGACGCUACAACUUUCUGGGAUAUGAUAUGUUAAGGCCUGUUUAAACGGAUCCAACAUUGUUGGACCAACAUCAUCCAACAAUGUUACUAUAAUAGAUAUGACUGCUUCUCUUUCAAAUAUUUUUGGUUAGAUAAGCUUUACUCAAACUCUAAACCUAGUCUUGACAAAAAUAUUUGAAAAAGAAGCCGUUUGGGCCAUUAUUUCAACAAUGUUGGAUGAUGUUGGCCCAACAAUGUUGGAUCCGUUUAAACAGGGCUUUAGUAAUGUUUUUAGAGAACUACAAAGUUUUAUUUAUUAACAAAUUGUUCAGCAUAUCGGUUACCACAGAUAAUUCUCAAAACACAAAUGUAGUAAUUAUAUAUGCAGUAAAUAAAUUGUUACUGAACUUUAAGUAAUAAUAAUACUCGAUCAUGUGAUAUUUUCAUUGGAUUUUGAACUCAAACGUUUUCGCGGCUAGGCUGCAGUAUUUAUGCCAUCGACGUUCCUUCCCCGAGUCGUUAUAAUCUUUUUAUAAUUUUUUUGUUUAAUUUAGAUGAAACUCAGAAUACCUUCUCGCCAGUAGAUAUUAAUGGACGAAUAACAAAGAUAGUCAGCCGAGCUACUAUACGGAAUGAUGCCUAUUGGAGGGUUUCUUUUGAAGAGGGCGUCGAUCCGUUAGACGUUAAUGACGGCGCACUUCCACAGUUUGGAGAUGACAAUCAUGGAUUUCUUGGUCUCAAGCUAGUUCAUACACAGUGGCGUUACGAUUUUGGCUUCGGAACUCCAUCAUGUAUGUUGUUCACUCGUAUUUACUGCGCAUUUGAAAACUAGAGCAAAUAGUUUGAUAACAUAUAUAUCUUUGUUUUAUGGUAAUAAGAAAUUAUUUUUCUUUCUAAAACUUUACCCAUGCAAGACCGUCGCGAAGGGAUUUAAGCGUAAGUGUGGUAUGUGUGUGUGUGAGUGUGUGUGUGUGUGUGUGGGGGUAUCUGGGUGUGAUCAGUUUAAGUCAAUUAUUCAAUUACAUGUAAUUCUGGAAUUGGACAUAUCAUUACUCUGACAAGAAUCAUGAACUUUUUCAAAGAGAAUAACAUGUUUCUGUGUUUUAACUAGGCAAUAUAAGCGGGGCUGAAUUGUCCAAAAUGAAUAAUAAUAUACUGUUAUUUUAACACUGUAAUUAACCAUCUCACAUUAUAAGUACAUCAUGUUGACUUAAGAGUGGUUUAAAUGAAACGCACACAAAGCAAGUACGUUAUAUAAUUUUAUUCCUGAAAUCCAGACUGAAAUGUGUAUCACUGGAGUUAUUAAGAUGUUGUGUUAAUUGUCUUCGACAAAAUUCAUGCUUGUUAUUUUUGUUUCACGGUUGGCAUUAGUUGACAGCCAUGAAGUCGUAAAACUUGCUCUGACCCUGUUUCCAUUUUCAGCAAAAUCCCCAACCGUGUACUCUUUGCCAACUGAUAUACUGCUUGCAUAUUUUUUCCCUUCGUUUUGUGAGCCUUUCUGCAUAUUAUGUUCUCAUAUAGCAGUUAUAGCCGGGUGCAUGGCUUUAUUUACUUAUAGACUUUGCUUGUGACGCCCGUAUUCUAAAAGCUCACUCACAUGCACUGACACUCAAUGAGUGGAGGUUCAAUCUGAGCUUUUCUUGAGUGUCAAUGCUGUUUUUGAAUAGCUGAAGGGUUAGUGUCGUACCUUGGUAUGUGACUACUCACCCUCCAGCUAUUCAAAAACAGCGUUGACACUCAAGAAAAGCUCAGAAUGAACCCGCACUCAUCGAGUGUGACUGUAGGCCCGUUUACACUAUAUAAAAUUUAGGAACGGCACGGCAAAAAAUCGGAAUGGUUCCGCUUCUGCCAGUAAAGGAAUGCUAUGUUUACACUGGUUAAUUUAAAAGCUUGAAAAUCGGACUGCUUCCGAAAUUUUGAUAAGUGGGAACGGUACGGGUAAUUUGUAUACUGAGCAUGCGUAUUAAUAUGAACCAAAAUGGCGGACGUUUCAUCAUCGAGUCGAGAUCUAUUAGUUUACUUGCUUUAUUGCGGCCAAUCUCGUUCCCCGAGCAUGCCCGUUCGCAGGUUAAGGGUGGGCAUAGCUCUGGAGAAAUCGAAUUGAUUCACGUUGAAUUUCCAACGUGAGUUCUACGCAUGCUCGGCAAUUGUUGCAAAAUAUAAAUAAAGUAUUUAGAAUUUCGCGUCGAAAAUUUGAUACUUUUUACACUGAAAUGGAAUUGAAAACAACUAAAAAUUCUGGGGGAAAUAUGUACGAAAGCUUCGGUUGGAUAUUGAUACAACUACCUGAAAUAUACAAGGAGAACUUCGACGUUUCGAGCGAACGCGUUUCGAUUUGUACUGUUAGUGUUUGUAUACAUCGUACUUGACCUUAUGAAACACUAAUAACACAAGUCGAAGCGCCUUCGCUCGAAACGUCGAAGUUCUCCUUGUAUUUUUCAGGUAGUUGUAUCCUUAUCAAUCCGAAGCUUUCGUACAUAUUUCCCCCAGAAUUUUUAGUUGUUUUCAAUCGAUUUCAGUGUAAAAAGUAUCACAUUUUCGACGAGAAAUUCAAAUACUUUGUUUAUAUUUUGUAGCUAUUGCCAAUCACGUUGGAACUCCAACGUAUAUCUGCCGCAGAGUAUCUGCCGUUAGCCAAACACAGGCCUGAAUCAAUUCGAUUUCUCCAGAGCUAUGCCCACCCUUAACCUGCGAACGGGCAUGCUCGGGGAACGAGAUUGUAUUGCGGCACAAAUCAACAAUCUCAAAUUGCACAAAGUAUAAAUAUAUAAUAUUCGAAAGUAUUUAAAUGUAUUAUAUUAAAACAGAAACCUACCAUUAGCGACCGGUGUAUCGCCCUAGCUUGUUUACUGGACUUGCUGCUAUCUAUUGGGAAAGCUGUAUACUUUCUCCUCCCCAUAAAUGAAUCAAAUCCAUCGUUGCAAUAUCUGACCAUCGCCGCGAAUUCUUUUUUGUACUUUUGGCAGCCAUCUUGGAAUUCGUUCACAAGCAUGCGCAUGCAAGAUUUAUUCCGCGUGAAAGGCUGGGGCUAGUAAAAAACAGGAACGGUUCCGCUUGUUUUUGGGCAUGGGACCACCUAAAACGGUGGUCGUAAAAUGCUUGGAAAGUGAGGCACCGUACCGAAAAUUCAAGAAAGAACGGCAUGUUUACAUUGACAAAAUUAGCCUACCCGUUCCGAGUAAAGACAGGAACCGUUCCGAUUUUUUGCCGUCCCGUUCCCAAUUUUCAGUCUAGUGUAAACGGGGUUUGCUUUUAGAAUACGGGCGUAAGUAAAUGAAGUCUUAAGCUUUCGUAUCCCAGAAAAUAGUUUUGGGUCGUUUUCAAUUAAUAGGUUUUCCCGAUAUUUAUUGUUGUUAUAAUUUGCCCUAAAUUAGCGUAUUAUGAAUGCACAUUGAAAAUGUAUACAAAAAAUGUCCGGGCUGUGUGAAGCAGUGAGUUUAAUUUUUUUAGCAUAUAGUAAUUUCUUGUUAAUAUCCUUCGUUUUGUUUUUCAUGUUUUCCAGACAGAAGCGUUAGGCUGAAAGCAUGGGAAGGCUUGCCUUCUGGUAGUGAUGACAAGCCACCAGUUGAAGUAAAGAAUAUUUUAUCACCAGUUUUUAUCCAGGCGGCGGAGGCCAUUAAGGCUUGGAUUUGUUACCCAUCAGUCUCUGUUCUUAGAGGGGAAAUAAUGACACCAAACUCACAGUUGAAUUAAGAGCUGGUAUGUUAUUUCGGAUAAAACUUAUAUUAACUAACAAAUUUAAAUUGAGAAUUAUAUGAAUACACUUACUUAUAAUUACCACUGGGCAGUUUAAAAUGUAGUGAGGCGCGUUUCAAACGUCGAACUUCUCAUCUGAUCUGACGAAUCUAACGUAAGAAUGCACUAAAUUUUAAAUAUAUAUUUUGUUUAAACUCGUGACUGUUGAUUCAGCACAUGUCUGAAACGUUCUACGUUUCAAAGAGGCCAAAUGCGUACCGUCUACCGCGGUAUUCUGAAUGGAAAGUUUAUAAUAGUUUUAAAUGUCAACGUAAAUAGUUCCAAGGUUGAACAAUAUAUCUCAUAUUAAAUUACUUUAAUUAAUUAUUAAGGGUAGUAGGCCUAUACACUUAGUCGAACGCGUGGCCAUCUUAAAAAUCAUUUUCGGAGCUACUGUACCGUUAUAUUAUACUUCACUUGACGGACAAUGUCGUACUUUUUGCUAAUAUAACUGAAUGAGGAAUAUUGAAGGGUUUUUUUGUGUGUUGGUGUUGUGUACUCAGGUGAAUAUGAUGUUUGUGAUGUUACUCUGAGUAUGCAUCCACACUGGACAAGCUGAAAAAUUUGCUUGGCCACGGUGGGAAUCGAACCCGCGACCUUUGGGAUACUAGUCCAAUGCUCUGCCAACUGAGCUACGUGGUCAAGUCGGUCAGUUGGCAGAGCAUUGGACUAGUAUCCCGAAGGUCGCGGGUUCGAUUCCCACCGUGGCCAAGGAAACUUUUCAGCUUGGCCCGGUGUGGAUGCAUACUCAGAGUAACAUCACAAACAUAAUAUUGAAGUUGUUUCCACAAAAAGUCCAAUAAAACUCUUGUGUUGAUAUAGGUUCCCGUUAUGUGACCGACAAAGAUAGUGUAUGUAUUGAAGAAGACGCAGUUCUAUCGGAUUAUCUGUCCAACUGCAAAUUUGAUAAGCAGAACCAUCAUAUGUAUUUACCUGAUGAAAACGAGCAUCAAAUUCCGGAAGGUUUUGAGUGCACUUUUUACCGCGAGGCGAAAGAAAGAAUGUUUCAAGCUACCGUUGAUGAAGAGAGUUUUAGUGUUAUUGUGUUGGAUGAAAAGGGAUGGGAUACAGACUCAUCAGAUAUAAGACAUCAGGAACAGGUUUGUAUGCUAGGUUUGUAUACAUGUUUGUUUAAUUUAUGAUUGGCAUUUGUCAUUAUCUUUAAUUAAAUAAAAUAAAAUUACGAAUCUACAUGUAUAGAAACUUUAGACACAUGCUGACAUGCAGGCUGACUAUAGUUUAACGUCUUGUCAGCGGUUGCAAAGAUGAACUAUUACGUACGUACAAUAAGAAUAUGUGAAAACUGAAGAAAAAAUGCGAAUAAAUUUCAUCCCGAGACGAAUUUCACCCCGUGUUUACAUAAGAUUCUGUACUGACGUACUUAUCCAAAUGGUAAAUUGGUAUUUCUUUGUUUUAGUUUGGUAUAAGGGUUGUAAUGAAUUCGUGGUCCGAAGCACUCCUUUCAGCUGAACGACACUGGACGCCUGAGGAAAUACUGGGCAAACUAAAGAAUUAUAUGGGGUUUUUAUCUUUACUUAAAAAUUACUUUUUCGAUGGAUAG